AUGUCUGAGACCAUUGUUGAUGAGUACUCGUCUCCCAUUUCUGUUGAAAGGAUAUGGAGGGCAGGCAUUUGUGAUUUCAAGAACCUCAUGCCUAAGCUUCUUCCCCAGGUUUUAUCAAGCAUUGAAUUUCUUGGAGGAGAUGGUGGAGUUGGCACCAUUCAACAAUAUAAAUUUAAAAAAGCUAAUGAGCAAUUUGGUGAUGUUAAGGAUCGAAUUGAAGUAAUAGACCAUAAGAACCAUAUAUUUAAGUACUCUGUCAUUGAAGGUGGUCUUGUUGGUCUUAAAUUGAAGUCUUUUGUGGCUGAGAUUACCCUCAAUUCUAGUAGAGAAGGAGGCUGCUUGGCCAAGAUGAAAAUUGAGUACGAAUCAUUGGAAGACAGCUUACUGUCGGAAGAAGAAAUUACACGCAUAAAAGAUGGGAAUUUGGCAAUUAUGAAGGCCACCGAGGGGUACCUUCUGGCAAAUCCGGAUGCUUAUGCAUAAAAUUUUACCUAUAAACAAAAUGUGCUUAAAUA